UUUAGAAUCUCGCGAGAGCUGUGUGCGGCAGUAGCGCUUCUCCCGGCAUCCCUAGUCAUUGUUGUUACUUCAUACCGGUGAGAGAGUUUAGGUUUUGCUAUGCUUCGUCUACGUUGUAAAACGCGGGAGGGCAGCCAAGUCCUUCAGGGUCUGACAGCUCUUUCUAGUAUCCGGGAGCUGAAGGAGAGAAUCGCCGGGCUGACUGGGAUUUUGGGCCCCCAGCAGCGGGUCAUGGUGGGCUUUCCUCCUGAAAACCUGGACCUGAGUAACGGCGAUGCUACCCUGGGAGACCUACCCAUCAAAUCUGGUGACACACUUAUCGUGGAGGAAGACAAAACUAAAGUGAAUACAGCACCUCUGCCUACCUCAAAGCAAAACCAAGAAAUUCAGCCGGCAACAGAGGCAAGAAUUGUCCGUCGAGUAGUUCCAGCUGACAACUCCUGUCUCUUCACCAGUGUUCAUUAUGUAGUGGAGGGUGGUGUUUAUGACCCCUCCUGUGCGCCAGAGAUGCGGAACCUCAUUGCUGACAUCGUGUCAAGUGACCCAAUCAACUACUGUGAGGCAGUACUCGGUAAAAGCAAUGAGGAGUACUGUGCGUGGAUACGAAAAGAGGAUACGUGGGGAGGUGCUAUAGAAGUUUCCAUCCUUUCCAAAUAUUUUCGAUGUGAGAUAUGUGUGGUGGAUACACAGACUGUGAGGAUAGACCGGUUCGGGGAAGAUGCUGGUUACACUAAACGGGUUAUGCUCAUCUAUGAUGGCAUUCACUAUGAUCCUUUGCAGCGGGAGCUUUCUGAACUUGACAUGCCCCCCAUGACGAUAUUUUCUACCUUGGACGAUGAUGCCCUUGUACAGGCCUUGGAGCUUGCUGAUGAUGCCAGAAAGAAGAGACAGUUCACGGAUGUGAACCGUUUUGCCUUGCGCUGCAUGGUGUGUCAGAAAGGUUUAACAGGGCAGUCAGCUGCCAGAGAUCAUGCCAAGGAAACGGGACAUACAAACUUUGGGGAGGUGUAAUACCUUUCCCUUUAACUACUGCAUUAGAAAUUAGCCAAACUACCUCACAGAAAUGCUGAACCUUAAUAAUCAAAAAACAAGCUUGCAGAUCUGAAGAAGAACAUUCAGGUCAAUGCAGUAUUUAACCUUUAAAAUAUCACAGGAAACCUUACAAUGCAGUUUGACAAGCAGCGUCACCCUUAGCCUUUAACUAACAGCCUCUUUGCAGUUAGGCCUUUCUAAACAUACUUAAUCAUGAUAUGUAAUGCUGCACUUGUAUGUAUUUUGCCGGUUUUUUAUAGUAUAUUGUUUGGUGAAGUAUAAAUAAGGGAAGUUCUUGGGCAAACUGGCGCCCUUGCUUAAUAAUUGCAUGACUCGGUCAUACGAAGGCUGAGUGGAAUUAAAUCUGCAGUGCACAUAACUUAACCACCCCUUCUAUACCUCAGUGUUACUGUUACUACUUUACUAUCUGAUAUCAGUAAAUGAAAAUGCAUGCCAAGCCCUCAUGCACAUUUAAUGUACAAUAAACAUUUACAUCGCAGGCAAACAUUUAGGUUCCAGUCAGUGCCUCCUGUUCUAGAAGAUGAUACAUUACCCCACGAGCACAUGGCAUAGCAUGUUUUUGUUGCCACAUCAUUUAGCUGA